AUGGCGGCCGCAUUGCUGUCAAAUAAGCAAUUGCAUAAAUUUAUUAAAAAUAAUAUAAAAUUUGCUAAGUCGUUUUCUAGUAGUCAAUCUUUUAUACUAAAUAAAUCGCAACUGGGUAUCAUUUGUCAACAAUGUGCUACUACCAGCUAUUACAGGCAUUACUCAACAUCACCCCCUGGGCCGAAAGUGGGUCCAGACACUGCAGGAAAUGUACUAGCUGCUGUAUUAGCAAACAAACCGAAGACUGGAAAAAUUCCAGUUGGUAUCCAAAAAAGAGACUGCUUUCACCCAGGUGCAUCUGUUUUGUCUCGUGAAGAUAUUAACUUGGGUGAUGCGAAGCCGGUUACUGGAGCGGAUAUGAUUAGAGGCAUGUUGGAGUAUGUAUGGCCUAAGGACAAUGAAAUGAUCAGACGUCGAGUGAUGCUCUCGGUGUCCUUGCUCUUUGGUGCGAAAAUAAUGAACGUCACCGUACCGUUCCUGUUCAAGUAUGCGGUAGAUGAAGUGAAUAAUAUGACUGCAGCGCAUGGAGACGCCAUAUUAGGCAUGGCUACUGUGCCUCAAGCUUUAGGGACAACGGCUUUCAGUUUGUUAUUGGGAUAUGGUAUCGCACGAGCAAGUGCUGCGGGCUUCAACGAGUUGCGUAACGCCGUGUUCGCCAAGGUGGCUCAGCACUCCAUCAGGAAGCUGGCCUGCAACGUGUUCAUACAUCUACACAACUUGGACUUGAGCUUUCACCUGGGCAGACAGACAGGAGCACUGUCUAAGACGAUAGACCGCGGUUCUCGCGCCAUUAACUUCGUGUUGUCGGCGAUGGUGUUCAACAUUGUGCCAACGAUUUUCGAACUGACGCUUGUGUCCGCCAUUUUGGGGCUCAAAGGAGGCCUCGCCUUCACCGGUCUGGCGUGGAGCUGCGUGGGCGUGUACGCGGUGUACACGCUCGCCAUCACGCAGUGGCGGACAAAGUUCCGCGUGCACAUGAACAAGGCCGAGAACGAGGCCGGCAACAAGGCCAUCGACUCGCUCAUCAACUACGAGACUGUCAAGUAUUUCAACAACGAGAAGUACGAGCUGCAGAAGUACGACGCGAGCCUGAAGGUGUACGAGCACGCGUCGCUCAAGACCGCGUCGAGCCUGGCCGCGCUCAACUUCGGCCAACACGCCAUCUUCAGCGCUGGACUCAGCCUCAUCAUGAUCAUGGCCGCCAAACAGAUCGCACAGGGAAACAUGACAGUGGGUGACCUGGUGAUGGUGAAUGGUCUGCUGUUCCAGCUGUCCAUCCCUCUGGGCUUCCUGGGCUCCGUGUACAGGGAGGUGAGGCAGGCUCUCAUUGACAUGCAGACCAUGUUCACUUUAAUGACGGUGCAGUCCAGGAUAAAGGAGAAGCCUCAAGCUCCUCCGUUGAAGGUGGACGCGAAGACCUCGACGAUAGAGUUCAAGGACGUGAGCUUCAAGUACAUCAACGGGAAGCCGAUCUUCAACAAUCUCAGCUUCAGCAUUCCUGCUGGCAAGAAAAUUGGCAUCGUCGGAGGGUCCGGCAGCGGAAAAUCCACAAUGGUGCGGCUGCUGUUCAGAUUUUUCGAGCCACAGUCGGGCAAUAUAACGAUAGCGGGACAGAACAUAAAGGACGUAGACCUGGCCAGUCUCAGGCAGGCCAUUGCUAUAGUCCCACAGGACUGUGUACUGUUCCACGACACGAUAUUCCACAACCUGCACUACGGUGACCUCACCCAGCCCGACGAGAAGGUGUACAACGCCAGCAAGAUGGCCGAACUGCACGAGUCUGUGAAGACUUGGCCCAAGGGCUACCAGACGCAGGUGGGCGAGCGCGGGCUGAAGCUGUCGGGCGGAGAGAAGCAGCGCGUGGCCAUCGCCAGGGCCAUCCUCAAGGACGCGCCCAUCAUCGUGUUCGACGAGGCCACCUCCAGCCUCGACUCGCUCACCGAACAUGCCAUCCUGCAGGCCCUGAAGGCCGCGACGGUGGGCCGCACGUCCAUCUGCAUCGCCCACCGCCUGUCGACGGUUGCGGACGCCGACGAGAUCCUGGUUCUGGAGCGCGGCUCCAUCUCCGAGCGCGGCACUCACGACUCGCUCCUCGCCAAUAGCGAGUCGCUCUACAGCCGCCUGUGGGACAAGCAGAACAAAGAUUUCUCCGUAAAACAGAACUCUACCUCAAGCACAAGUAACUCUUAA